UGUAACAGCUGCUAGUGAGUGAUAGUGGAAGGGGUAGGUACCUUUCUCCCGCUCAACUUUUGGAAUUCUGUAAACCGGGAUAUCUCUGAGGAUGGACGUUUUCCGCUAAUGACGUAGUCAACAUCCUGUGUAGUUUGGAAAAGGGGAGUUUUUUUGCUAGCAAUAUCUCUGGUUAUAGUUAAUACCACAAUCGCUUAACUAAACAAGCUAGUGAAACUAUAUUCAAAAUAAAUUUGUAUUUAAAAAGCUAACGUACUGAAAGCUAACGUUAAUUAGUUAACGUUAAGCUAGCCUACUCAUACUAUAGCGGGUAAUUUCUGGUGGAUCAAGUUUGUGUCGAGGAGAGAACAAGGCUGCCUGCGUUAGAAGACAGAGGUUAUUCACACCACCACCAUGAAGCUUUUCAGUCUGAGUGUGCUGUAUAAAGGGACCACCAAGUCUAACCUACUGAAAGCUGCCUUCGACCUGUCAUCCUUCAGCUUCUUCCAGAAGUCUAGUGUUCAGGAGUUCAUGACAUUCACUAGUGACCUCAUAGUUCAACGCUCGUCUAUAGGGAGCCGAGCCUCUGUCAAAGAACAAGAGUACCUGUGUCACGUGUAUGUAAGGAACGACUCCCUGGGUGCGGUGGUGAUUGCUGACGGAGAGUAUCCCUCUAGAGUGUGCUUCACCCUACUGGAUAAGGUGCUGGAGGAAUUUUCCAGACAGGUGAGCAGUAUAGACUGGCCCUCUGGUUCUCCUGACACUGUCCACUAUACUGCCCUGGACAGCUACCUCGCCAAGUACCAGAAUCCUCGGGAGGCAGACGCAAUGAGUAAAGUACAAGCUGAGCUGGACGAAACCAAAAUAAUUCUGCACAACACUAUGGAAAGUCUGUUGGAGAGAGGAGAGAAGCUGGAUGAUCUAGUCCAGAAGUCCGAACACCUGGGGAACCAGUCUAAAGCCUUCUACAAGACGGCGCGGAAGCAGAACUCUUGCUGUGAGGUCAUGUGAUGUUGCUGAACCCCUCUUGAUCUCCUCACCCCCUGGAUGUGCCAUGACUAUCAGCCUUCAUAUUAUACUUCUUACUCUGCGUGUGUGUGAGCAUACUGGCGAAAUGGUUGUGUGGUGAAGUGUAUCAGGUGAUAGUUGUUGGAGCCUUUUGCAGUUGAUUAGGCCUAAGUGCUGUUUUCUGAAUAUGUUGAGUGAAUUCUAUACAUUCCUAGUUGUGAAAAAGUACAUGACUUGUGUGUGUGAGAAGUGAACAUUGUGCAUCAAAGGUGUGUGUGUGUGUGUACAGUAAAGCAGGGGUUAUUAAACCUUUUCAGCCUGUGAACCAAAUGAGAAAGUCGAUGUUUUCUUGGGACCCAAGCUCAUGAAAACAUGCCCCCUUUUUUGGGGUCCUAAGAAAACAUUUUAGGGGCCCCCCUGUUGAUGGCGGAGAAGAAAAUGGAUGUUUUAAAGCAAGUUUUCUGCAAUUCUACACAUUUUGCCAUGGGGCAGAGCAUUUUUUUCUGCAGUUUUACAGCUAGUUUCCUGCAAUUCUACACAUUUUGACAUAGCUUACAUCAUGUUAAUAUGGUAUCUGAGUGAGAGUAGUUACCAAAAUCAAUGUGCUCCUGUACAGUGUUGGAAAAAGUACCCAAUUGUCAUAAUUGAUUAAAAGUAAAGACGCAUUAAUAGAAAAGUGAAAGUUACCCAGUAAAAUACAGUAAAAGUAUUUGGUUUUAAAUAUACUUAAGUAUCAAACGUGAAUGUAAUUGCUAAAAUAUACUUAGUAUCAAAAGUUAAAGUAUAAAUCAUUUCAAAUUCCUUAUAUUAGGCAAAACAGAUGGUACGAUUUUGGUUUUUAAUUUAUGGAUAGCCAGGGGCACACUCCAACACUCAGACAUAAUUCACAAACAAAGCAUUUGUGUUUAGUGAGUCAUACCAGAUCAGGUGCAGUAGAGAUGACCAGGGAUGUUCUCUGUUUCGUGAGUCCGUCAGAUCAGGGGCAGCAGAGAUGACCAGGGAUGUUCUCUUGAUAAGUGUGUGCAUUGGACCAUUUUCCUGUCCUGUCAGUGAAAAUCUAUGAAGUAAAAAGUACAUUCUUGUAUAUAGGAAUGUAGUGAAGUAAAAGUCUUACUUUUUUUUUUACACAAAAAAACCUACUUAAGUAGUGCUUUAAAGUAUUUUUACUUCAGUACUUUACACCACUGCCCUUGGCCACGUGGCCUGUUGGUAUUUUGCCAUGAUUACUACAAGUUUAGAUAGCUGGCUAGACUGAAUUACCAAUCUAAAAACUGUUAGCUGACAUGGCUAAUUGAGUGACUGACAUAACGAGAAAACUGGUGAUGCACAACCACAUUUCUAAAUGGCACCUUGUGUAUUCUACUAUUCUAACUAAGUUUCAACAGUAAGUUGAGACCCCGACUGAGUUCCUAAAAAAAACAUUUGAAAUGCAUUUAUUAACAUCUACAUUUGCCACAUUUAUUCUAUACAGACACCUUAAUGCAAACUUUUAAAUUAUAUUAUGUGAGCUAAGCCUACAAAUAAAAUAUGUAAAAACGUUUACAUUUGAGAUUACUAAUGUUACUGUCCCCACUACAAAAUAUUGUUACGUUACAGCCUUAUUCUAAAAUGUAUUAAAUACAUUUGUUUCCUCAUGUACACACAAUAAAUGUUUACACAUUUAUAAAACAUUAACUAAAAUGUGACAUUUACAUAAGUAUUCAGACCCUUUUUUAGUACUUUGUUGAAGCACCUUUGACAGCGAUUUACAGCCUCAAGUCUUCUUGGGUAUGACUCUAAAAGGUUGGCACACCUGUAUUUGGAGAGUUUCUCUGCAGAUCCUCUCAAGCUCUAUCAGGUUGGAUGGAGAGUGUUGCUCUACAGCUAAUUUUAGGUCUCCAGAGAUGCUAAAUUGGGUUCAAGUCCGGGCUCUGGCUGGGCCACACAAAGCCAUUCAGAGACUUGUCCCGAAGCCACUCCUGCGUUGUCUUCGCUGUGUGCUUAGGGUUAUUUUCCGGUUAGAAGGUGAACCUUCGCCCCAGUCUGAGGUCCUGAGCGCUCCAGAGCGCUCUUCAUCAAGGAUCUCUGUACUUUGCUCUGUUCAUCUUUCCCUCGAUCCUGACUAGUCUCCCAGUCCCUGCAUCUGAAAAACAUCCCCACAGCAUGAUGCUGCCACCACCAUGCUUCACUGUAGGGAUGGUGCCAGGUUUCCUCCAGACGUGAUGCUUGACAUUCUGGCCAAAGAGUUAAAUCUUGUUUCUCAUGGUCUGAGUCCUUUAGGUGCCUUUUGGCAAACUCCAAGCGGGCUGUCAUCUGGCUUCUGUCUGGCUACUCUACCAUAAAGCCCUGAGUGGUGGAGUGCUGCAGAGAUGGCUGUCCUUCUGGAAGGUUCUCCUAUCCGCAGAGGAGCUCUGUCAGAGUGACCAUCGGGUUCUUGUUCACCUCCCUGACCAAGGCCUAUCUUCCCUGAUUGCUCAGUCUCCUGGGUGGCCAGCUCUAGGAAGAGUCUGAGUUGUUCCAAACUUCUUCCAUGUAAGAAUGAUGGAGGCCACUGUGUUCUUGGGGACCUUUUUAAUGCUGCAGAAAUGUUUUGGUACCCUUCCCCAGAAAAUUCCUUCAACCUCAUGUCUUGGUUUUUGCUCUGACAUGCACUGUCAACUGUGGGACCUUUUAUAUAGUGUGGUGGAAUUAUUGAAAUCAAAAGGAGACUUUUAGAUUUCCUAAAAAUAAUCCAACUUUAUUAUUUAAUUACUGCAGUAAUGGAGCUGGUCGGUAAUCACCCCUGGAGAUGAUCAUUGAGAACUCAUCGAGAUGGUUUGAGCCACAACAUUUUAUAGCAAAGUCCAUCCUUCUUCAGUCUAUAUGACAAACAACAGAUGUAUGGAUUGGGUCACAAGGUUAAGAUUUGUAUGAAAGAUACUUAUAAUUCACAGCAGACAGUAUCUGCUGUAAAAAACAGUUCUCAUUGUGUAGAGACCAGGGUCUGGCCCCCAACUCCAUACGGGAGCCAUCUCCCCCUGGUACCCCAGUACAGAAACAUUAACUCAUGCUCUGGAAUGUGGUAUCACCCAAAGACAUCGUAAAUCUCCUAUCAGUGUUAUCUCCCAGAGGCCCACUUUCAGUUCACACAGACACAAUAGAGUUAUAAGAACCCUCUAUUCAACCAUUUGAUGCAGUAAAAGUAUUAUAACAUACUCUUGUAAUUUCCACCAUAAUAGACAGGUGUGUGCCUUUCCAAAUCAUGUCCAAUCAAUUUAAUUUACCACAGAAGGACUCCAAUCAAGUUGUAGAAACAUCUCAAGGGUGAUCAAUGGAAACACAAUGCACCUGAGCUGAAUUUAGUCUCAUAGGAAAGGGUUGGAAAACUGUUUUGUAUUUUUAAUACAUUUGCAAAUAUUUCUGAAACUGUUUUCGCUUUGUCAUUAUAGGGUGUUGUGUGUAGAUUGACGAACAUUUUCUAUUUAAUCCAUUUUAGAAUAAGGCUGUAAUGUAACAAAAUGUUGAAAUAGUCAAGGGGUCUGAAUACUUUCCUAAUGCACCUGUAGCAUCAGCAAUCCAAAGUGGAUCUCAACCCAUACUUUAAGAAAGGCUGCAGUAAAGCAUCGGGUAACAUGGUGCCAGAUAAGAGUCUUUCAUUCUCUGCCGAGAGAUUCCAAAAUCCGGCAGGCCUUUCAACGUGCCUUCUCUCUCCAGCCUGGCCUGGGAACCGACUCCCUACCCUUCUCCUUGUUCACUCCACACCUGAAAUGAGUCCCAGCCACCAGCCAAAUUCUGGUAAAUGGUCUGAGAUGCUGCUGACAUUUUUCAUCCAACAGAGAUAAUGGAUGAUAGACAUACGGUUAUUUUCAGGCCCUUGGACUAUAAGGAACUCCCUCCAGCUCACAGUUAUACCAAUGCAUCAGUGUGUACACUCCAGGAACCACAGCCUCACUAUGUGCCAAAUGUUCUAAAAUAAACCUUCAUGCCGGUUCAUCUUAUAUUAUUGUAGCGAUUAUUUGACAAUUGUUUAUUUACUUGAGUAAAACCCUCACACCUGCAUCCAUUCUGUAUAUUCAGGUUAAGCUGCCUACCUACCAUAGGUAUGUAGCAUGCCUUGACUAAAAUACCCUCUUCUGUUUGAUCAUUCAAACUUCUCUUACCGCUCUUAAAUGUAACCAUGUGUACAUUGUAUUAAAUGUGAAACAAGAUAUGGGCUUGCAAGAAUAAUCAAUAAAAUAAUUUGAACCAUA